ACUGCAAAACCUUCAAAACCAUCUGCUGAGAUGGUUUCUCUUUGGUUUCAAUCUUUUGACAAUCUCCUCCAUGAUAAAACCGGCCUAGAUCUUUUUCGAGAAUAUUUACGACUGGAGUUCAGUGAGGAGAAUCUAGAAUUUUGGAUUGCCUGUGAACAGUACAAAACUUGCCCAACUCAUGAACUAGCUCAGCAGUCCCAACAAAUAUUUGCUGAUUAUGUUGCCAUACAAGCACCUAGAGAAAUAAACUUAGACUCCAAAACUCGAGAUGAGGUGUACAAACGGAUAUCAAAGCCGGACAAGAAGACAUUUGAAGAUGCUCAAUACAGAAUACAGGCCCUCAUGGCCAAAGACUCUUACCCCAGGUUUAUGUCGUCAGAAUUUCUUAAGAAGUGGUUAGCCCAGUUUAAAAUAAAAAUCAAUCAAAGCCAAAAAAAAUAA